AUGUCUGACACGCCUCCCAAUGAGUCGGCCCAGUCCUCAACUCCCCUGCGUCGAGAGCGCGCGCCGACUAUCACCAUCGACACCUCGGCUGUGAACUCACCAGAUACAUCCAACCCCCCGAUGCAAGUCCUUUCCGGAGGACAUUCACAGACGCACAGCGAUGCCAACGACACGACCACAUUGUUAAACAAUGGCUCACCCACGGAUUUGCGCUCCGCAUCUUCUAUUCGCUCGAAUGCCUCCUCCGAAGCUCGAGAUCGAGAGAGCCGCCCAACUUCGCCCCACAACAUUUCGUCGCCCAAGACCAAAGCGCCUGAGGCGCAUUCGAAUUUCCUCUCGGUCCCCGGGACCCGAUCCCGCGGAAAUUCUCUCGAGUCGGAUGAGACCGGCCAAUCAUCGAGCACCUACGGCGGCGAGACAUAUGUGACCUCGGCAUCUCAGGGAUCGAGGUCUGAUCUGGCCAAGAAUACUUUCGUGCACGAUGAUGAUGCCUUGACACCGGAUCCGGGCCGCGAGUCCGAAUUCGAAGUGGAGGACAAUAGGUUUGCUUUCUCUCCUGGUCAGCUGAACAAGCUUCUCAACCCGAAGAGCUUUAGCGCCUUUUAUGCGCUGGGAGGAUUGCGAGGACUGGAAAAAGGACUGCGGACUGAUACCAAGAGCGGACUUAGCGUGGAUGAGACAACAUUGGACGGGACUGUGAGCUUUGAUGACGUUGCGUCGCCAAAGAAUGUGCCCAAGUCUUUCUCCCCGAAGACACCGCCGCACACCACUACGGAGGGCUCGGUCACGACACGGAGUGGAGACGGAUUCGUCGACCGCAAGCGCAUAUUCGGCGAUAAUAAACUUCCCGAGAGGAAAUUGAAGACCAUUUGGGAGCUUGCCUGGAUUGCCUACAAUGAUAAGGUCCUGAUUCUGCUGACCAUUGCCGCUGCUGUCUCCCUCGCCGUUGGAAUCCCCCAAUCGCUUCAUCCGGCGAACCCCGACGAGCCCGGCGUUGAAUGGGUGGAAGGCCUGGCCAUCCUCGUCGCUAUCAUUAUCGUGGUAUCGGUUGGAGCCGUAAACGACUGGCAAAAGGAGCGUCAAUUUGCGAAACUGAAUAAGAAGAAGGAGAAUCGGUUGGUGAAAGUAACACGGUCCGGCCGAACUGAGGAAAUCUCUGUCCACGAUGUCCUGGUUGGCGAUGUGUUGCUCCUGGAACCCGGCGAUAUGGUUCCAGUCGAUGGAAUUUUGAUAGACUGUCAUGACCUCAAGUGCGACGAAUCUUCGGCUACCGGCGAAUCCGACAUUCUGCGCAAAACCCCGGGUGACGAAGUCUACCGCACGAUCGAGCAACAGGAAGAUCUGAAGAAGAUGGACCCUUUCAUCAUCUCCGGUGCGAAGGUCACCGAGGGCGUCGGCUCGUUCUUGGUCACUUCUACUGGUACGAACUCCACGCACGGCCGCACGAUGAUGUCUCUCCAGGAAGAAGGCGAGACAACGCCUUUACAAACUAAGCUCAACGUGUUGGCCGAAUACAUUGCUAAGCUGGGUCUUGCCUCUGGUUUGUUGUUGUUCAUCGUUCUCUUUAUCAAGUUCUUGGUCCGUCUCAAGGAUAUCGAGGGCGGUGCAGAUGCCAAGGGUCAAGCAUUCCUGCAGAUCUUCAUCGUCGCUGUCACCAUCGUCGUCGUUGCUGUACCUGAAGGUUUACCGUUGGCCGUCACUCUCGCCCUUGCUUUUGCCACAACGCGGAUGAUAAAGGACAAUAACCUGGUCCGCUAUCUGAAAGCCUGUGAAACUAUGGGCAACGCCACUACGAUUUGCUCCGACAAAACUGGAACUUUGACGGAAAACAUAAUGACCGCUGUGGCAGCAACUUUGGGUACCACUUCCCGUUUUGGAAAGUAUUCUGGUAUCUCGCCGGACGAUCGGACCGAGAUCUCUCCCUCUGAGUUUGUCUCCACCCUGGCAUCGCCUGUGAAGGAGGCCUUGAGCCAGUCCAUAAUCUAUAACUCAACCGCGUUCGAGGGCGAGACUGAUGGAGUGAAGUCGUUUGUUGGAUCAAAGACAGAGACCGCCCUCUUAAGUUUCGCGAGGGAUUACCUUGGAAUGGGGUCUCUACAGGAAGAAAGAGCAAAUGGAAAGCUCGUGCAAAUGUACCCAUUCGAUUCUGGUCGCAAAUGCAUGGCAGUCGUGGUCCAGCUGGACAAUGGCAAGUUCCGAAUGUUAGUCAAGGGAGCGGCUGAGAUCUUAGUUGCAAAGUCGACACGAAUCGUCAGGGAUCCCGCCGAAUCGCUAUCUGAGGCUCCUAUGACCGAUGACAACCGGUCGUCGCUGGACACCAUCAUGACCACAUACGCCUCGCGCUCUCUCCGAUGUAUCUCCCUUGUUUACCGUGACUUCGACCAAUGGCCACCUCGUGGAGCCCCUGUCUCCGAAACCGAUCGUAAUCAGGCAGUCUUCGAGCCUAUUUUCAAGGACAUGGUGAUGCUGGGCAUCUUUGGUAUUCAGGAUCCCGUUCGAGCCGGUGUGCCCGAGGCUGUGUACGCAUGCCAACGUGCUGGGGUGUUUGUCAGGAUGGUCACUGGUGAUAACAUCAUGACCGCGAAGGCCAUUGCCCAGGAGUGUGGUAUCUACACUCCAGGCGGUAUUGCAAUUGAAGGGCCCAAAUUCCGCAAACUCAGCACGCGCCAGAUGAAUCAGAUCAUCCCAAGGCUCCAGGUCAUUGCCCGCUCCAGUCCCGACGAUAAAAAGAUUUUGGUCAACCAGCUCAAGAAGCUGGGAGAGACUGUCGCCGUCACUGGAGACGGUACCAACGAUGCCCAGGCGCUCAAGAAUGCCGACGUUGGAUUUGCCAUGGGAAUCACAGGUACUGAAGUUGCUAAGGAGGCCUCUGACAUUAUUCUCAUGGAUGACAACUUCUCGUCUAUCGUCAAAGCUAUGGCAUGGGGUCGCACUGUCUGUGACGCCGUCAAAAAGUUCCUCCAGUUUCAGAUUACCGUCAACAUCACUGCCGUCAUUCUCACUUUCGUCUCUGCCGUUGCCAGUGAUAGCGAGGAUUCUGUGCUCAGUGCAGUCCAGCUGCUCUGGGUCAACCUGAUCAUGGACACGUUCGCGGCUCUCGCUUUGGCCACGGAUCCUCCUACGCCAACUGUGCUCGACCGCCGACCUGAGUCAAAAUCCGAUCCCCUCAUUACUCUCACGAUGUGGAAGAUGAUUAUUGGACAGUCCAUCUAUCAGUUGGUAGUGACGUUCAUUCUCAAUUUCGCUGGGGGAAAGAUCUUCUCGUGGGAGCAUGAGCACCUACAGACUGUGGUGUUUAACACCUUCGUUUUCAUGCAGAUUUUCAAUCAGUACAACUCCCGUCGGAUCGACAACAAGCUCAACAUCAUGGAGCGUAUCUGGAAGAAUAAGUGGUUCAUUGGUAUCCAGGUCAUCAUUAUCGGAGGUCAAGUCUUGAUCAUCUUUGUUGGAGGCGCUGCCUUCUCGGUCAAGCGUCUCGACCAGGGCUCGCAAUGGGCCGUCAGUCUUGUACUCGGAGCGAUCUCGUUACCCAUCGCCGUGAUCAUUCGUCUUAUUCCGGAUGAGUUCGUGAGAAGUCUCAUCCCCAACUUCUGGCACCGCAACAAGGGACCUGAGUUGGUCAUCUCUGACGAGGAUCGCAACUACGAGUGGAACCCAGCCCUUGAAGAAAUCCGCGACCAACUGGCCUUCAUCAAGCGUCUCCGCGGUGGCCGUCUCCGAAACAUCCGUCACAAGCUGCAGCACCCGCAGGAAUUCCUUCCCCGGUCUCGUAGCGGCUCGCGCUCGCGUGAUUCGUCGUCCUCCCCGCCCACACCAGUCCCCGAAAACGACACUGGCAGUUCCAGUCCCCAACCAAGCCCAGAGUCUCGUUCCCGUCGCAGCACUCGCUCACGGUCCAACUCCACCUUUGGGCCCGCCGCCGCCAUGGCUGGUGUCGUCGCCGGUAGUAUUGCCGGCUGGUCUCCGAUCGAGAGACCCAACGGCGAAGGUGACGUAGCCACUUUCCCGACCACCGGUGGUCCUCACAGUGGUUUGGACCGCGAGCAGGGCAUCGAGGUGCACCCCGAUACCGCCGCCGACGACCGCAUCCUGAAUGAGUACUCGGCCAACUCAAAGACUCCACCGAGUCAGAAUCCCGAUCUGACUCCGUUCUUUGAACAUGCCCCACCCGUGGAUCGGGCACCUUCCAGCCGUGGCCGUCGCUCCUUGUCCCAACGGUCAAGAUCGAGCACCAGCCACUCGCAUGUCUGA